CUUAAACUAUUUGCAAAAAUAGUAGAAGGGGAUAUAUUUGACCCAUCUUCAUAAAACAUAACAACCAUCCAACAAGAAUUGUUGUGAUGGACCCUGCCACCGUUGACUAUGCCGAUUGUCCCCAACAAGAUAGACGGAAAAUGUGCUGUAACUGUGAGAGGCCGUUAAGAGUGUGUUUAUGCAGCAUUAUCACAUCCGACCCACUUGCUACUGUUAAUGCUCGAAUCGUAAUUCUUCACCACCCACAUGAGCAACGACAUAAGCUCGCUACGGUACCCGUUUUAUCUAAGUGUCUCGGCAAUUGUGACGUUAUUGUUGGUCGGAGAUUACGUUAUGGUGUUUCGGAUAUUCUUGAUUCGCUACAUGAUGAUGCUAUUCGUAACCCUAAUUUCACCAAAACAGCUAUUUAUAUAUUUCCUGGUUCUGAUACAUCUCCAUCUAAGGAAAUCAACCAUUGGAAAUCCUCUCAACAUACUGUAGAGACGAGUAACUGUGUCUUGAUUGCUUUUGACGGAACUUGGAAGCAUGCUCGAGAGAUGAUGCGUGCAAGCUUAUCAUUUUUGUCCAAGUUUGCUGUUCAGGUUCACUUAGACUAUGAUGUUGGCAAUGACGGUGGGACUAUUUUUAAUUCUGAUCUAAUUCUUAGGAAGGAACCAUUUAGUGGGUGCAUGAGUACCAUGGAGGCAAUAGCGCAUUGCUUAAGGAUCCUUGAGCCUAAUGGAAUUGAUAUAGAGUCAAGUUUGAUAGAGGUCUUAAGAAGUAUGGUUAAAUUUCAGGCUUCCUUCCUCAAGCCUAUGAAGCCUAGGCCAAAGUUGAUAAAAGCAGGACGAGAGGGAAAAAUAUAAUUGCUCUGUUCCAUUUUUUUGUGUUUUUGAAGCAACAUUUAGCGCGAGGAUAGCCUCAAAGCUCUUUAGGUUAUCACGUACCAGACUGCUCAAGCCAUCCAGCAUGUACUUGGUACUUGUCCAGAUUUCACAGGUCUCCUGAUUGUAUCCUGAUUGAGUAAUAGGCGUGGCGACGAGGUGCUUUGAUGAGAUUAUCUAAAUUCUUCAGUUGCUGAAAAACCUUGUCAAGCGGUGCUUUGAUGGGUUGGCUAUGUGGCAGUAACUGGCUUAUGCUGAAGCAAGUGAAGCUUGAGACUUGAUCAAGCACGUUCAAGAUUGUUACAUGUUGAGCUCCGUACUGUAUCCCAAAGUAAUGUGACAUCAGUGAUCGUCAUUUUUACCUUUUUUAUAGAGAUUGCCAUAAAACUGUUUGGGAAUGGAAAUUCUUUUGGCAAUUUUCAUAA